AUGGUCGGCAGCCGGGUGCGGAUUGAGACGUGCGAUGGUGUUGGUGGCUCGCCACCCAUGACGGGCAGCGCUUUGUGCUGCCGCCGCGAGCGUGACUGCGUCUACCUGAGCGGUUCGGCGUUCGAAGAGAGAACGCGCGCCCGCCCGCACCACUGCGCUCCACAGCUUUUUGUUUCACGCCACUUUUAUUACGCCCCCGAGAACAGCGCAGCUACAUUCUUUCCUGGCGUCAUCGUACUUUACUGCUGA